UUGUUUUUGGAGCCCAAAUCCCAAAUAUUAAUAGUCUAUGUCCAAUGAUCUCAGAAGGCCCAAACAAUUGCUGUUGGGCUUUGUGUUUCACUGAUAAUUGCAGUUCUCAGAGGCGGUGGUCGGUAGAGGAGGCCGGAAGGUGAAGGGGGAAAGCAUGGCGACGGCGGCGGUGGAGGAGCAAGAGCUGGAUCCAUCGCUGCCGGCUUGCGUGAACCUGAUUUCAGCGAUUCUGGCGAUGGAGCCUUCCGAUUUGGUGAUCUCACAUGCCAGGGCGUGUGGUGGAGGCUCAAUUACAGAGUCAGUUCAGAAGUUCAUCUGGGACCAUUGCCUUUCCACUCCUGGUGAUUUUUAUGCUCCUUACUUGAAGAUUUUUCUCAAGAAACUUAUAAGUGAAGUUGAGUUUGAUCAUGGCUAUGUUUUGGACUACUUGUACGAGCUCUAUGCUCAGUACAUGACAUCUUUCAAGGAUGACAGUUUUGGCAAAAGAGAUACAAGAGUCUGCAAAAGAAUUUCGUAUAUUUUUCCUGAUGGUUGUUCUGAACUACAAAGCAAGCAGCACUCAAGAGCGUUGGUGUUUACCUUACAGUGUUCUCUUAAUAUGCUUGAAGGUGAUACAGGGUGUUCCAUAUGGCCAUCAAGUCUGUUUCUAUCCGAGUUAAUACUUUCUCAUCCAAAGUUGUUUUCUAAUAAAUCUUGCUUUGAGAUUGGCUCAGGAGUUGGCUUAGUUGGAUUAUGUCUUGCACAUGUGAAAGCUUCCAAGGUGAUAUUAAGUGACGGGGACUUAUCAACUCUAGCUAACAUGAAGUUUAAUUUGGAGUUGAACCACCUCAAUAUCGAAACUGACAUGCCACAAGGAAGUGAAAAUCCAAUCAUGGUAAAAUGUAUGCAUCUGCCAUGGGAAUCUACAUCAGAGAGUCAACUCCAGGAUAUUGUGCCAGAUGUUGUCUUGGGUGCAGAUGUGAUAUAUGAUCCUGUUUGCCUUCCACAUCUUGUUCGAGUACUAGCCAUUCUUCUGAAUAGAACGAAAUCAGAUUCUUGCAAACCUGAAAAUGGAGAUGCUUGUGAUGAAUCCGUUGGUAGAUGCAAAGUAGUCUAUAAUGGGCGUGCGGAUGGCAAGUCAAAGGAAGCACCAGUGGCCUAUAUUGCAUAUGUUAUCCGGAAUAUUGAGACAUUCGAUUACUUUCUUUCGCUGGCGAAGCAGGCUAACCUUGAUAUUAUGGACCUAUCAGAUUCGCUGAAACCUCUAAAUCUCCUCCGGUACAUGCAGUCAUACAAUCAAACUCAUGUAAAACUGUUGUCUAUCACUUGCAGCAACAGAGUCAUGGGAGCAUAAGGUGAUCUUCACGUGUAAUUUUUUCCCCCUGGUGCUUGGAAGAUCAUAAUACAAGCUGAAGAGAUGGGGGCAUAUAAAUAUAAGCUUAGGUGUAAUAUUUAGUCAGAUGAUUUCUAAGGAAAUGAAUUAAUGGUUUUUUAUUUUUGUUUUCUCUUCGUGUUUUUGUAUGUGUGAGAUAGAUAUGAAUCUAGACUCUAUAUUGUAGGCUGGUCCCUUCGCUCUUAUUAUUUCUAUUGUAAAUUAUGUUUUUAUUUUUCACAAUAUUUCCGAGUCCGGCAGGUUAAUGACUCUAUUUAAAAGUCUGUCAUUGGCAAA